UCAGUUGGAUUAAUUUGAUUUCACUACAUUUUCAGACCCUUCUCAACUAAAACAGCAUUUUGAAAACCAAAGUGUGAAUUCAAUAAACCGCCGCUAGGUGGCAGUGCAGAUAUGAAAACCACCCAGAGUGGUUUUCUGGUCAAUUUGUCUCAUUUCAGAUUAGCACAGAAAACUAUCAGUCAAAUCAACCCAGAAAACUGUGUUCAUAUAAGAUUUUCAGUUUAAGAUUAUAAAAUAGCAGAAUUGUCAACGUUUAAAGGAACAAAAGACGCAUGGAGCCUUGAGUCUUCGGGAAGCAUUUGGACCAAUGAGAAGUGCUUUGCACCCUGCAGACUUUCUCGCCAACUGAGAGGUGGUCGUUGUAUGACAGAGCUGAACCAGAACCAGUGCUCCUGACUCUGUAGAUCUGAGACAACAGGCGCUCCCACAGCUGCAGGGAUCACAAGUCCAGCUGACAGAUCUGUGAAGGGCUUCAACAGGAAAGAGGCGCACAAACGGACUCCUUUAUCCGCCGUCUUUACGCACUGGAUCAGCUGUUCGGAUGCCUCUGCUUUCAUUUGGAGACUCACGCUGAGGUUUGAAGAUUCCAGAAAAGAGAAGAUCUGAAAUGGGGACCGAAGUCAUGUGGCUGUCGCUUGUCCUGUCGGCGGUGCUCACCGCAGGACAGGAGACAAGCCAGGACAUCCCGGAGGGCGCGUCCACCCUGGCGUUUGUCUUUGAUGUGACCGGAUCCAUGUACGACGACUUGGUCCAGGUCAUCGAGGGAGCGUCCAAGAUCUUAGAAACCUCACUGAGCAGACCUAAGAGACCCCUGUAUAACUUCGCUCUGGUGCCCUUCCAUGACCCAGAGAUCGGACCAGUAACAAUCACAACAGACCCGAAGAAGUUUCAGCAGGAGCUAAGAGAGUUGUACGUUCAGGGAGGCGGCGACUGCCCGGAGAUGAGCAUCGGUGCAAUUAAAAUAGCUUUGGAGAUCUCUUUGCCAGGAUCUUUCAUUUACGUCUUCACCGAUGCUCGUUCUAAAGACUUCAAGCUGACCCACGAAGUCCUGCAGCUCAUUCAGCAGAAACAGUCUCAGGUGGUGUUUGUGUUGACGGGCGACUGUGAUGAUCGGAAUCAUGUUGGUUACAAGGUGUAUGAGGAGAUCGCGUCCACAAGCUCUGGACAAGUCUUCCAUCUGGACAAGAGACAGGUCAACGAGGUUCUUAAAUGGGUAGAAGAAGCAGUGCAGUCCUCAAAGGUCAACCUGCUGUCCACUGAUCACUUCAGCCAAGCCAGCAACAACUGGCAGAUGCCCUUUGACCCCAGCCUGAAGGAAGUUACUGUGGCUCUCAGUGGCCCAGCACCUGGGAUAGAGAUCAGCAAUCCCCGGGGAAAGCUUGUGGGGGAAAAUGACGGUCUGACUGAGCUCUUGCACAUUCCCAACUCCGCCAAAGUUGUCAACAUCAAGGACCCAGAGCCAGGGAUGUGGUCUAUCAAGAUCUCUAGUAAAGGGCGUCACUCAGUCAGGAUCUCAGGUCUCAGCACCAUUGAUUUCCGUGCCGGUUUUUCCAGAAAACCAACCAUGGAUUUCAAAAUGACAUCCAGUAGGCCAGUUCAAGGUAUUCCCACUCACAUCCUUCUGAACACCACUGGACUUUCACCUCCUGCUCGACCCGACAGGCUCGAGCUCCUCAAAGUCACAGGCCAGGUUAUUAAAACGUUACCUGUCAGGUAUUACCCGGAGCGACAGCCAUACAGCCUCUGGAAUCUCACGGAGUUCCUCCCACCAAACGAGGCUUUCUUUCUGCGGGUUACGGGAUACGAUCAGGAUGGCUACAUCUUCCAGAGGGUCUCCAGUGUGUCUUUCUCCAGUAUCGUACCUAAUGCACCUAAAGUGGUGAUGCCACCUACUACUAGUGGUUACUACCUCCAGAGAGGGGCUCUCAGAUGCCAAGUAGAGAGUUUGAUACCUUUCACUCUGCGUUUUAGCAGAGAUGGAAGACGACUUGGGGUGGACCUACUCUUCAGUGAGUCUGAUAGUGCUUCAUGGGAAAUAGAGCAGGUAACCCUGAAGGAUGAAGGAGAUUAUGAAUGCAUCGCCAUCAGCAGCGCUGGAACAGGACGAGCUCAAACAUUCCUGGAUGUGUCUGAGCCUCCUCCUGCCAUCACAGUGGAGGGUAACGUUACUGUUCCUCCUGCCUCUCGUGCCGUCCUCACCUGCCACGUUGUCAGCACCGUCACCUUCAACCUCACCUGGCUGCGAGGAGGCCUCGAUGUCCGCCUGGACCCACGGGCAAACAUCCUCACCAACCAUUCACUCCGGGUGUCUGGCGUGACCCCGGACCAUGCAGGCUGGUACGAGUGCAUUGCUACAAACGAAGGAGGAUCGACCUCAGAGCGGAUCUACCUCACUGUGCAAGAGGUUCCCAGGGUGCACGUGGAGCCCCAGAAUCAGACAUUUGUGGUGGGAGAUGAUGUAAUAAUCAGAUGCUCUGCCAGUGGUUUUCCUCCACCCCGUCUGAUUUGGACCCACAACGACAUGUUCAUCACAGCAUCACACAGACACAGGAUGACCCCUGACGGCUCUCUGGUUAUGAGGAACAUGAAGAAGAAGGACAGAGGGAUGUACAGCUGCUUGGCCAGUAACCAGGCUGGUACAGACUCGAUGACUUCCAUCCUCACCUACUUUGAAUUUCCUGUGGUGACAGUGGCAUUAGGGAAGAUUCUCACAGCCAUUGGAGAAACCACAGUGAUGACUUGCUCAGCAACUGGGAUCCCUCAACCUGAGAUCAGGUGGUACAAAGGAGAUACGCAGUUCCAUUCCUCAUCCCACUUGGAGGUGGACAUGAAGGGAGGAACACUUACCAUAAAGCAAACCCAGAUUGAUGAUGCUGGAGAUUACACGUGUGAUGCUGUAAAUGCUGCUGGAAGCUCAUCUGGGAGGGUCUCCCUUGAUGUUGGAGCUGGACCCACUUUUACCCGAGAGCCUUCAGAUGUAGCAGCAGACAUCGGCUCCAACGUGACCCUGUCCUGUCAUGCUGAAGGAUACCCUGAACCUCAGAUCACCUGGAGGAGAGAGGACGGCUCCCCUCUUCUCAACAGACUCCGCACACAUGGCAGCAUAUCCCAGAGGAGGGGAGAUCUACAUAUCAUUAAUCUUUGGGUGAUGGAUGAGGCAGUGUUUAUCUGCGAAGCUCAAAACCUCUUUGGUAAGAUCCAAACCCAGGCCAGCAUCAUUGUGACUGGACUUGUAAAACCUGUUAUUGCAUUGAGUCCAGCUGUGCUCAGUGUCAUUGAAGACCAGCAGCUAACUCUUCCCUGUGUUCUGCUGGCUGGGAAUCCUCUGCCUGAGAGGCAAUGGCUGCACAACUAUGGCCUGGUGACCCCAGACCAAUAUGUAACAGUGAGGAGGGAUGGCAGUCUGCAUAUUGACAGAGUUCAGCUGGAUGAUGGAGGCGACUACACCUGUUUGGCUGAGAAUGUUAUCGGGGCCACAAACCAAACAACCACUGUCAACGUUUAUGUGAUUCCUACUAUUCAACACGGCCCUCAGGUAUUCAGUACAAUUGAAGGAACACCAGUAACUCUGCCGUGCCGUGCCAGUGGAGUACCAAGUCCUGAGAUCACCUGGACUAAGGAUGGGGGGCUGCUGAACUUGGGUGGUCCAGCUUUCUCCUCGGAUCCUGACGGCAGCCUCCUCAUCACUUCUCCUUCUGGAAAUGAGACUGGAGAGUUCGUCUGCACAGCUAUCAACGCAGCCGGCUACGCUCUCAGGAAGGUCCAGCUAACAGUCUAUGUGCGACCUAGGUCUGUUGUUGAUGGUUCUGGAGGCUCCGCAGAGCCUGUGAAGAUGUUGGUGGUUGAGGGGGAAGACUCAGUUUUGCCAUGUGAAGUCCACAGUGUCCCUCCUCCCACCAUCAGCUGGGCUAAAGAGAAGCAGCUCAUCUCACCGUUUUCCCAGAGACACACUCAGCUUCCCUCUGGCUCCAUGAAGAUCUUGGGGACCAGAGUCUCUGACAGUGGACUUUAUGUGUGUGUUGCCUCUAAUAUUGCUGGGAACGUAUCACUGUCCAUUGAACUGAGAGUUUUAGUGCCCCCUAGAAUUCAGCCUGGCCCCAGAGUGAUGAAGGUGAAGGUGGGUCACCAGGUGGAUCUAGCCUGUGUGGUGACAGGAGUACCAGAGCCUACUCUAACCUGGACUAAAGGUGGUAAAAGAUACCCUGCAUCUUCUGAUGGGAGUCUGACACUAAGGAGGGUUGGACUGGAUGAUGAAGGAACCUACACAUGCACAGCUAAUAACACCGCAGGCACGGACCAGGCCCGAGUUCAAGUUCUGAUACAAGUACCUCCUGUGGUUGAAGUCCCAGAGCCCCCAUACAACAGCCCACUGCAGGAGAGAGUGGCGAACCAGCGUAUUGCCUUUCCCUGCCCUGCCAAAGGUCUACCUAAGCCGGUUAUACGCUGGCUUCGUAACGGUCACGAGCUGACUGGUAACGAGCCUGGCUUGUCCAUCCUGGAGGACGGCACACUGCUGAUCCUGGCAUCUGUUUCACCUCUGGAUGAUGGGGAGUAUGUCUGUUAUGCUGCCAAUGAUGCUGGGUCCACCGAGAAAAAGUACCAGCUUAAAGUCAACGUUCCCCCUAAUAUCCGUGAAGGUGACACAUCUGGUAACCUUUCAGUUGUUCUGAAACAGCCCAUCAACUUGGAGUGUGAUGUUACAGGAAGUCCAACACCUGUCAUCACCUGGUAUAAAGAUGAUGCUUUGGUUGUCGCCAGUAACAGCAUCCAGAUACUCAACAUGGGAAAAACCCUGAAGCUGCUGAAGGCGGAGAUGGCAGAUGGAGGCAGCUACAGCUGUAAAGCCAUCAACAUAGCAGGCAGCGCAGAAAGAAACUUUGUUUUAGAUGUUCUGGUCCCACCAACAUUUGUGGGGUCUGCAUCUCCUCGGGAUGUUUCAGCAAUUCUAAAACAAGAGGUCACGCUAGAGUGCAAAGUUCAGGGGUCACCUUUUCCUGACAUCCAGUGGUACAAAGAAAGAAAGCCGGUGUUUCUGGCUGAUCCAAAUCUGGAAGUCACCAACAGGGGUCAGGUGCUGAGGAUAAAAAAUGCACGUCUUGGGGACCAGGCUCGAUACCAGUGCAGUGUAAUUAACAAAGCUGGAAAACAGUCUAAAGACUUUAAUCUCAGUGUCCACGUGCCCCCCUCCAUUGUAGGGGGGAACGUCACCACGAAGGUGAUAGCGCUGCUGGACACAAUGGUAACACUGGAGUGUGAAGCACGUGGAGCGCCGCUCCCCACCACCGCCUGGUACCGAAAAGAAGAGGCAAUCCUGUCCAACAGACGGGCUCAGUAUCUAGAACGAGGCAAAUACCUGAAGAUCCCCCGGGCUCAGGCAUCUGAUGCAGGUCGUUUCACCUGCAAGGUGACAAAUGUGGCUGGGAGUGCCGAGAAGACCUACGAAGUGGACAUUUACUUACCUCCUACUAUUCCAGGGGCAGAUGAUGGACCCUCUGAGAAGAGAGUGGUUCUCACUAAACAUCUGAUCCUGGAGUGUGCGGCAGCUGGACACCCCCCACCCUCCCUCACCUGGCUGAAAGACGGAGUCCCUGUGCGUGACGGAGAAAGUGUCCGUGUCCUAGAGCGAGGAAGGAAAAUAGAAAUCCUCUCAGCCACCGUGUCAGACUCAGGACGUUACGUCUGUGUGGCAAUGAGCGUCGCUGGGGAGAAGGAGGUCAAAUACGAUGUCAAAGUUUUAGUUCCUCCCCUCAUUCGUGGAGGUGAUGAGGUGACGGACAGCCCUGUUAUAAUCAACAGUCCUCUGGAGCUGGAGUGUCACACCACUGGAACACCUGCUCCUGUCGUUACCUGGUUUAAGGAUGGAAAACCACUCAGACAGGGAGAAGGGUUACGAAUUGCAGCGAAUGGGCAACGACUGGUCGUUUCUCGUGCUCAGGUUUCUGACACUGCUCGUUUUCAAUGUGUGGCCAGUAAUGAGGCAGGAGACCAUGAGAGGAUCUUCAGUGUGGUGGUCCAAGUUCCUCCAUCCAUCCGUAUAACCGGGCAUUCAGAGCGUUCAGUGGUUCUGCACAAAUCCAUCAGUCUGGAGUGCAUCUCCAGUGGCAUUCCUCCACCCAAUAUCACCUGGCUUAAAGAUGGCCGACCUGUGGACACAACUAUGGAACACCUUAAGCUGCUCUCAGCUGGCAAGAUGCUAAAGAUCACAGGAGCCAGACUGGAGGAUUCUGGGAAAUACACCUGCCUGGCCACAAAUGCAGCCGGUGAAGCUCAGCAGAAUGUUCAACUCAGCAUUCACGAGCCGCCCAGCAUCUCGUCUUCUGGACAAAUCAUCAACCAGACCAUUCUGUCGGGCUUUUCUACUGAGCUAGAGUGCAAGGCCACAGGAAGUCCUCUACCUGCUGUUACGUGGCACAAAGAUGGCCGACCUCUGACCAUUGCGGCUGGUGUCUCGGUGCUGAAGCGUGGCCAGGUGCUAGAGAUCGAACAGGCUCAGCUGUCUGACGCUGGAAUGUACAGAUGUGUAGCUGUCAACCUGGCUGGAGCUGCAGAGGCGCUCUACAGUCUACAAGUCUUUGUUCCUCCAAUCAUCUCCAGCCCAGGCGGUACCCUAUCAGUUGUGGUGAACGAGGCCACUCAGCUGGAGUGUGAGGCCUCUGGGGUUCCUGUUCCCAGUCUGACAUGGUUAAAAGAUGGCAGCCCUGUGGCAAGCGUUUCUCAUGGCAUACAGGUGACACCCAGUGGCAGAAAGCUGUUUCUGAACAGCGUGCUGGUCAGUGAUGCAGGUAGAUACACCUGUGUGGCUGUUAAUGCUGGAGGAGAGCAGCAGAGGGAGUACGACCUGAAGGUUUUUGUACCACCGAACAUCAAAGGUGAAGAGGUGAACGCUACGGUCAUGCUUGGAAAUCCUGUUGAGCUGCUAUGCCAGAGCGAUGCGGUCCCUCCACCCACGCUGUCCUGGUACAAAGAUGGACGCCCUCUGUUUAGGAAGCCUGGUCUGACUGUCUCCUCAGAUGGUAGCUCACUCAAGGUUAACAGUGCCCAGGUGCAGGACUCAGGAAGAUACACCUGUGAAGCCACUAAUGUUGCUGGAAAAACAGAGAAGAACUACAACCUCAAUGUUUGGGUGUCUCCCAGCAUCAGUGGCUCAGAAGAGGUAUCCCCUCUGACUGUGACUGAAGGAAGUCUUAUUACCUUGGUGUGUGAGUCCAGUGGCAUUCCACCUCCUAACCUCACAUGGAUGAAGGAUGGGCAUGAUCUAAAAUCAGACCAUCGGUUCAGGAUUUUAUCAGGAGGUCGUCAGUUGCAGAUUUCCAGCACUAAAAAAGCAGACACUGGUUCUUAUACCUGCACAGCUUCCAGCACAACCGGCACCACCGCCAAGGAGUACAGUCUGCAGGUUUAUGUUCGCCCUUCCAUCAGACGUGAUGAAGACGAUGAAGACGUUGCCGUGAUGAAGGGAGGUGACUUGACCCUACACUGUGCUGCAGAAGGUGUACCACGGCCAGCGAUCACAUGGCUAAAGGAUGGGCGACCCAUAACGAGUCAGCAUGGUGCCAAAGUCCAGAACGAGGGGCGACUGUUGCAGAUUAAAGAUGCUAAAGUGUCAGACACAGGGCGUUACACCUGCAUCGCAGUUAAUGUAGCUGGACAGGCGGACAGCAAGCAUGACAUCAGCGUACAUGUCCCACCUACCAUAACUGGUCAGGUGCAAUUCCCAGUGAAUGUGAGUGUUGUGGUGAAGAACCCCUUUUCUCUGAACUGCGAGGCUUCCGGGAUCCCUCCUCCGACCAUUUCCUGGUUAAAGGACGGUCAGCCAGUUAAGGCAACCAGCUCAGUGCGCAUCCUCUCAGGGGGACGCAAUCUCCGUCUGUUGCAAGCGGCUGUGGAAGACGCUGGGAGGUACACUUGUAUCGUCUCAAACAGCGCUGGAGAAGAAAGAAAGAACUUUGACCUUGACAUCUUAGUUCCACCGAGUAUUGUGGAGGAGGGAACGGUUGUGGAAACUAAAGUAAAAGAAAAAUACAACAUCACUCUCACCUGUGAGGCAUCAGGUAAUCCAGUUCCAGAGAUUAAAUGGCAGAAAGAUGGACAACUGCUGGUGCUUGACAGGCACCACCAGGUUUUGUCUUAUGGCCACUUUCUCCAGAUAUUUGAGGCCCAAGUGUUAGACACCGGCAGAUACAGCUGCACGGCCUCUAACAGUGCAGGGGACCGCAGCAGGCACUUCAACCUCAAUGUUCUAGUUUCUCCCACCAUUGCUGGUUCAGGCCCUGACAUUUCUGCCGAGGAGGUAACGGUAACCCUGAGCAGCCCCACCUCUCUGGUGUGUGAAGUGCAGUCUUACCCACCCGCUCUGGUCACCUGGCUCAAAGACGGCACUCCGUUAGAGUCCACUCGACACGUCCGAGUAAUUCCAGGUGGACGAACGCUGCAGAUUCUCAGUGCUAAGAAGGAGGAUGCCGGGAGGUACACGUGUGUCGCUACAAAUGAGGCCGGAGAAACGCUGAAACACUAUGAGGUCAAAGUUUUUGUUCCUCCACAGAUCAAUAAGAAUGACAUUCUUGGAGAGGGACUGGCCCCAAAAGAGGUGAAGAUCAAGAUUAACAGCACUUUGACCCUGGAGUGUGUGGCUCAGGCCUUUCCUACCCCAGCAAUGCAGUGGUAUAAGGACGGACAGAUCCUGCGGGCUGAUAGCCACGUGUCCAUUACAUCCAGCGGCCGCACUGUUCAGAUCAAACACGCUCAGGUGUCGGACACAGGCCGCUACACCUGUGUUGCCACUAACGUCGCUGGAGAAGACGAGAAGGACUUUGAUGUAAAUAUACAAGUUCCACCAAGGUUCAACAGAGCCGGUGGAGUCGGUGAGCCCUCCUCCAUUCCAGGCUUUGGAGGAAAUGCUCGGGACGUGAUACUCAACAAUCCCAUCUCUCUGUACUGUGAGACAAAUGCUGUGCCCCCUCCAACACUCACCUGGUACAAAGAUGGACAGCGAGUCAGCUCCAAUGACAAAGUUUUGAUCCUACCAGGUGGAAGAGUUUUACAGAUUCCCAGAGCCCACCUUGAAGACUCCGGCAGGUACACCUGCAUGGCCAUCAAUGAAGCGGGACAAGACUCCAUCCAGUAUGACAUUAGAGUACUAAUACCUCCGAGUAUACGAGGAACAGGCAGCGACGCUCCUGAAGAAGUUACCGUACACCUCAAUAAAACAACUCAGCUGGACUGUCAGGUGCAGGGAAACCCCGCCCCCAAGAUCACCUGGUUUAAAGACGGACAGGAUAUCAGCUCUCAUGGUCCACUUAAGAUUUUGUCCAACGGUCGGACACUUCAGGUGUUGACUGCUCAAGUCUCUGAAACGGGACGUUACGUGUGUGUGGCUGAAAAUGUGGCUGGAAGUGCAGAGAAACACUUUAAUCUUAAUGUUCACGUGCCUCCCUUAAUCGUUGGCGUGAGUCCGGAGAACUUGACCGUGGUGGUGAACAACUUUGUGUCACUUUCUUGUGAAGCUACCGGCUUCCCCCCUCCCACACUGAACUGGUUAAAUGACAGGGGCCCCAUCCAAGCCAAAACCAACACACUCAUUAUGCCAGGUGGACGAUCUUUACAGAUUCCUAAAGCAAAAGUAUCUGAUGGAGGGAAGUACAGCUGUGUGGCUAUAAACGCAGCAGGAGAAGCGCGCAAACAUGUCCACCUAACUGUGUUUGUUCCUCCGAGUAUCCGUGGCAAGAUCGGAGACUCUCCUGUGGAGGUUAAAGUACUAGCUGGUAAAUCAGUAACUUUGGAUUGUGAGUCCAACGCCGUCCCCCCUCCUGUCAUCACCUGGUACAAGAAUGGCAGAGCGCUGACAGAAUCUGCAAACCUGCACAUGCGGGCAGAGGGGCAGAUUCUAGAGAUUAAACCAUCUGAAGUGUCUGACACUGGACAGUAUGUGUGCAUGGCCUCAAAUGUUGCAGGACAAGUGAACAAGAAUUUCCACUUGAACGUUCAUGUUCCUCCCAGUAUUGAUGGUCCAGGAAAUGAGAGUGUAGUGGAAACCAUCAGUAACCCAGUGACUUUGACAUGUGAUGCUACUGGAAUCCCCCCUCCCAGUCUGACAUGGCUAAAAAAUGGACACCCCAUUGAGAACUCAGAUUCUCUGGAAAUGCACAUCUUCUCAGGCGGAAGCAAACUACAGAUUGCACGGUUGCAGUUUCCCGACGGUGGAACGUACACGUGUGUUGCUUCUAACAUGGAGGGCACAGCACACAAGAGCUACCACCUCACUUUACAAGUCCCACCCAGCAUCUCUGGAUCCGACAUGCCCAGUGAGAUGGGAGUUCUUGUGAAUGAAAGCAUCCAGCUGGUCUGUAAUUCUCAAGGAACCCCGACUCCAACUAUCCAGUGGUUAAAAGACGGAGAAGCCAUCAGCAGAGCACAAAUGAAAAGACUCAGCAUCAGUCCAAAUGGUAACACACUAAUCGUGACCCGAGCCGAUCCAUCCGACAGUGGAAAGUACACUUGUGUAGCCACAAAUCCAGCUGGAGAAGAGGACAGGAUAUUUAAUCUGAAUGUGUACGUGCCUCCUGUUAUCCUUGGCGGCAGCGAGGCUGUUGAAGACCUGACUGUGAUUAUGGAGAGUUAUGUCAGAAUGGAGUGUGUUGCUACUGGAUACCCUCUGCCUCAGCUGAACUGGCUGAGAAACAGCCUCCCUCUGCCAGUCUCCUCCAAGAUACAUGUCCUCUCUGCUGGACAGGUGCUUCGCAUCUCACGAGUCCAGGUGUCUGACAGUGGAAGCUACACAUGUGUCGCAUCAAACAGGGCAGGAGUGGAUAACAGGCAUUAUAAACUACAGGUGCAAGUUUCUCCUGGUCUGGAGGGAGCAGGAACCACAGAAGAUGUGACCGUAGUCAAAGGAAAUUCAGCUUCUUUGUCAUGUAUUACUGAUGGGACUCCAACUCCAAUCAUUACCUGGCUCAAAAAUGGAGGCACUUUAACACCUCACCAACAUGUCAGUCUCCUCAACAUGAAUAGCACUCUGCAGCUUAACUGGGCCCAGAUCAACGACACAGGUCCCUACACCUGUGUGGCUAACAACAACGCUGGUCAAGCUAGCCGCCACUUCAACCUGAAAGUUCUGGACCCUCCACACAUCAAGAGCUCUGGUUCACCAGAAGAAGUGUCUGUGGUGGUUAAUAAUGUCCUGGAGUUGCGGUGUGAGACCACAGGAAUCCCUGGACCCACUCUGACCUGGCUGAAGGACGGACACCCCCUCCCACAAACAGAUGGUCUGCGCCUCCUCCGUGGAGGAGAGGUUCUUCGUGUGACCUCAGCACAGCUGGAGGACACGGGCAGGUACAGCUGCUUAGCCAACAGUCUAGCAGGAGAUGAUGACAAAGAUUUCCUGGUCCGAGUCCAUGUUCCACCUAACAUUGUGGGAGAAAGCACACCUCAGGAUCUGCCAGUCCUUCAAGGCGGACAGGUAACUCUGGAAUGCAAAUCCGAUGCUGUUCCUCCUCCGACUCUGGCAUGGCUCAAAGAUGGCAAAGCCCUGCAGAUCUCUGCUCGUGUGCGUAUUCUGUCUGAUGGACGUUAUCUGCAGAUCAACCAGGCAGAGCUCUCGGACAGAGCUCAGUACACCUGUGUGGCGAGCAACAUUGCUGGAAAUACCACACGACUGUUCAACCUGACUGUUAAUGUGCCUCCAACUAUCAAAGACAGCUCCCAGGUGGUGUCCGUGCACGUCGAACAGCCAGCAGCUCUUGAAUGUGUAGUUAGUGGGGUGCCACCACCUCGCGUCACUUGGAGGAAAAACGGAGCAAUUUUAUCAGGAAACAACCCCAGGUACAUAUUUGCAGAGAAUGGUUCUUUACACAUCCAUUCCACUCAGGUAACCGAUACUGGACGAUACCUGUGUAUGGCAACAAAUCCAGCUGGCACUGAGCGGAAAAGAGUGGACCUGCAAGUCAACGUCCCUCCUUCGGUUGCUGUCAGUCGCACCAACGUGACGGUCAUCGUCAACGUGCAGACCACCCUACCUUGUGAGGCCACUGGUAUUCCCAAACCGACAGUCAGCUGGCAGAAAAAUGGUCGCCUCAUCAGUACUGACCAGAAUCAGAAUAUGUACAGAUUGCUGUCAUCGGGAUCCUUGGUGAUCCUUGCACCAACAGUGGAUGACACAGCAGUCUACAAAUGUUUGGUUUCAAAUGAAGCUGGGAAUGACUCCAGAUCGACCAACCUCAAUGUCAUUGUUCCUCCAUCUGUAGCAGAUGAGCCCACAGAGCUGGUUGUGACUAAACUGUCCCCGGUGGUCAUUGCUUGUACUGCAACUGGAGUUCCAGAACCCACAAUCCUCUGGAGUAAAGAUGGCAGGAAACUCCUUCAUAAAGGACAGGGAUACAGCAUUCUGCCAACAGGUCAAGUAGAAAUCCUUUCCGCUGAGCUUAGUCAUGCUGGUCGCUACUCGUGCAUUGCUAAAAAUAUUGCAGGCUCCGCUCACCGCCAUGUGCAACUCACAGUGCAAGAACUUCCUGUGAUCCAUUUCUCUCCAUCCACUCUGGAUGUGAUAGUCAACAGUGUCAUCUCUCUGCCCUGCAGAGCCACUGGCUCACCCAGACCCACCAUCACCUGGCAGAAAGAGGGCAUCAACAUACUCACUACAGCAGGUGGUGGCUUCACAUCACUUCCUGAUGGAAGUCUACAGAUCUCCAAGGUGUCGUUGUCAGAUUCUGGGACGUACGUUUGUGUGGCUCAAAAUCCUGCGGGCAAUGCGUUGGGCAAAACCAAACUCAGAGUACAAGUGCCUCCAGUGAUACGUUCAGAAACGCACGAGUACGUGGCACCUGUGGACUCCUCUGUGACGCUUCAUUGCCAAGCUGAAGGGUCUCCUCUUCCCUUUAUCACAUGGCACAAGGACGGGCAGCUGUUGAGAGACUCCGUUCACCAACAGGUUCUCGGCUCAGGAUCGCUGCAAAUCGCCUUCGUUCAGCACAGCGAUGCUGGACGAUACACUUGUGCUGCUGCCAACACGGCGGGCACUGCCAGCCUGGAUAUGAGCCUCACAGUGCACAUUCCUCCAUCUAUUCGAGGUGAAGAUCAAGAGGUUGUGGUUGUGGAGAACAGUCGAGCUCAGCUAGAUUGUGUGGUCGAGGGCCUCCCUCAACCCAAACUGUCCUGGGAAAAGGAUGGAAAUCCUCUCAGUGAAAGCACAGGGGAGCACACCAUUCUGCCAUCAGGGGAGCUAGUAAUCGACAGUGCUCAGCCUGAUGAUGCAGGGAGUUAUACAUGUGUGGCAGCUAACUCAGUUGGGGAGGACAGCUGGACAGUGGCGCUGUAUGUCCAUACUCACCCCGUCUUCACUGAGCUGCUCGGGGACGUUGCCCUCAACAAAGGAGAGCGUCUCAUGCUGUCCUGUGGCGUUGCUGGUGUCCCACUACCCAGGAUCACAUGGACCUUCAACAAUAAAAUUAUCAAAGCCCAUUAUGACCAUAUGAACAGCCACAGUGACCUGAUUAUAGAGAGAGUGAGCAAAGAUGACUCGGGCACCUACACCUGUGUGGCAGAAAACAGCGUGGGAACCAUUAAGUCCCUGGGUUUUGUUUACGUCAAAGAGCCUCCGAUCAUUGAUGGGGACCCUCACUCCAACCGCAUCGAGCCUUUGGGUGGAAAUGCUGUCCUGAGCUGUGAAGUACGUGGAGAUCCACCGCCAACCAUACGGUGGAGCAAAAACAGAAUUAACGUCCUAAUCAGCAACCGAAUCCGCCAGCUCAACAAUGGCUCACUGGCCAUCUAUGGCACUGUGAGUGAAGAUGCAGGAAACUACGUGUGUGUAGCAACAAAUGAUGCUGGGGUGGUGGAAAGAAGUGUCACCCUUACACUACAGAGUGCACCCGUCAUAACCAUUGAGCCUGUCGGGACAGUGGUGGAUGCUGGCACAACUGUAAUGCUGAACUGUCAAGCAGAGGGUGAGCCCACACCCACGAUAGAGUGGUCCCGCCAGGGUCGCCCCCUACUGGCCAACGACCGUAUUUCUACCUUCCCCAAUGGUUCCCUUAGGCUCACCAGAGCUCAGAAGGAGGACACAGCUGAAUAUGAAUGUGUGGCCAGAAACUUGCUUGGGUCUGUGCUGGUCAGAGUACCCCUCACUAUGCGAGUCCACGGGGGGUACUCGGAGUGGGCAGAGUGGGGCAUCUGUAGUGUUUCCUGUGGCGUUGGAACCCAGAAGAGGCUGAGGCUCUGUAACAAUCCUUUGCCUGCCAACGGGGGCCAUCACUGUGCAGGAUCAGACACAGAAACUCGCAGCUGUCAAAAACAACUGUGUCCAGUGGAUGGCCACUGGUCAGAGUGGUCUCACUGGGAAGAGUGUUCACAAACCUGUGGUCAAGGCAACAGAACCAGAAUCCGGACCUGCUCCAACCCUCCAGCUCAGCAUGGAGGAAGGUCGUGUGAGGGAAAAGCAGUGGAUGUCAUCAUGUGUAGUGUCAGGCCAUGUCCAGUGGCAGGUCACUGGGGGCCUUGGCUUCCAUGGAGUCCUUGCAGUGAGUCCUGUGGUAAGGGGUUACAGUCCAGGAUCCGACUGUGCAACAACCCUCCUCCAACAUUUGAUGGGCUGCAAUGUGAAGGCACCGACACGCAGUCACAAGUGUGCAAAGAAACAUCUUGUCCAGUGGAUGGAAAGUGGUCGUCAUGGAUGAGCUGGGGAUCCUGCAGUGUUUCAUGUGGGGGUGGAACUAGAGAAAGAACACGCCUCUGUGCCAGCCCCGCACCUCAGCACAGAGGCAGGAAGUGCGAAGGCAACGAUGUGCAUACUGACUUCUGUAACAGCAACCCAUGUCCCAUCAAUGGUAACUGGGGUCCAUGGAACAGCUGGGGCAGCUGCAGCAAGACGUGUAACGGAGGUCAGAUGAGGCGCUACAGGACGUGUGACAACCCCAGACCUGCUCAUGGUGGGAGGAUGUGUGCAGGAGCUGAUGUUCACAUGCAAAGAUGCAGCACUGCUGAUUGCCCUGUUGAUGGUAGCUGGGGCUCAUGGCAGCCAUGGGGGGACUGCUCUGCUUCCUGCGGAGGUGGGGAGAGGACUCGUGUCCGCCUCUGUAACAGUCCAUCUCCCGUUAAUGGUGGACGACCUUGUCCAGGAGAUUCCACUCAGCUGUCCAGGUGUAACAUUCAGGCGUGCCCAGGUGGGCCACAGAGGGCUCGAGGAAGCAUCGUAGGAAACAUCAACGAUAUCGAGUUUGGCAUCAGCCUUCUUAAUGCUUCCAUCACCGAGGGCAAGUCUGGCAGCAGAAUAAUCCACGCCUCUAUCUCAAACGUACCAAGGCCCUUAGGUCCUGCAAUGAGGAAGCUUAUCUCCAUCUUAAACCCCAUCUAUUGGACCACAGCCCAGGAAGUAGGAGGGGCCGUUAAUGGCCACACAUUAACAGGAGGUAUCUUUAGACGAGAGACGCAGGUGGAGUUUGCUACAGGUGAAAUCUUGAGGAUGACCCACAUUGCUCGGGGCUUGGACUCAGAUGGAGCAUUGCUGCUGGACAUCGUGCUGAAUGGUCAUGUACUACAGCUGCCUUCACAUGCCAAUAUCAACAUCAAGGACUACACUGAGGAUUACAUCCAGACCGGUCUGAGCCAGCUGUACGCUCUGUCCACUCGUUUGUUCACCAUCGACAAGGAGAGCGUGCCUUACUCCUGGAACCAUACCAUCACCUAUGAUCAAAAAAGAGGAAAGAUGCCCUACUUGGUAGAAACGCUUCACGCUACUUCCAUCAGUGCUCUCUACCGGCCUCUAGAGGAGGUGUUGGAGUAUAGCAUCCAAGCUAGUAUCACCAAAGGCGACCGUAGUAACCAGUGUCCUCAUGGCUUUACUUUGGUGUCUGCUGGGCCUUACUGUGCAGAUGAAAAUGAGUGUGAGGUUGGUAACCCCUGUUCCCAUACCUGCCACAAUGCCAUGGGUACCUACUACUGCUCCUGCCCACGAGGCCUCUCCAUCUCAGCUGAUGGCAGGACCUGUCAGGACAUUGAUGAGUGUUUGUUAGGAGGGAACAUGUGCCAUGGUGGACAGGACUGUGAAAACACCAUUGGCUCUUACAGAUGCGUGAUGCAUUGUGGCCGUGGAUUCAGAAGAACCACAGACGGUCUCAGCUGCACUGAUGUGGACGAGUGUCAGGAGUCCCACCCGUGUAAUCAGCACUGUUUGAACACCAUCGGAAGCUAUCGCUGUGCCUGUGAGCCUGGCUUUCAACUCAGGAACAGACGCUGCAUGGAUAUAAAUGAGUGCAGGCAGAGGGUUUGCCGAUCAGAUCAGCAGUGUAAAAACACUCGAGGUGGUUACACCUGUGUUGACCUGUGCCCAAAUGGGAUGACCAAGAGUGAGAACGGAACGUGUGAUGACAUCGACGAAUGCAAAGACGGCACCCACCAGUGCCAAUACAACCAGAUCUGUGAGAACACCAGAGGCAGCUACCACUGUACGUGUCCACGUGGCUUCAGAUCUCAGGGGCUUGGACGGCUUUGUCUUGACAUAAAUGAGUGCGAGCGGCUUCCACAGCCCUGCGCCCACCAGUGCAUCAACACACCUGGCAGCUUCAAGUGCAUCUGCCCACCAGGGCGCCACCUGCUAGGAGAUGGCAAGUCUUGCGCUGGGCUCGAGCGGCUGCCCAGCUAUGAGAGCUAUUCGUAUGGCUAUCGCACAACUCAGUCGUCUCCUGAACGCAGCCCCGCCCAGCGGCUGUACCACAGCCUGGCUUCUCACAGCUACCACUCGUACACACCCACCUCAGGCGGCCGCUACAGGAGCCGGAGUCGCAAGGAGGCUCACAAACACUCCUCAAAGCAGGAAGUCCUCACUUGUCAGGAGGGCUUUGAGCCCAAGGGUGCUCACUGCGUAGACAUCGAUGAAUGUGAGGUGAGGGACGCCUGUCAGCAUGAGUGCAUGAACACACCAGGAAGCCACAGGUGUCUUUGUCCUGCCGGUUACCGCCUGAUGACCAAUGGCAAGAUGUGCCAGGAUAUAGACGAGUGUGUGGAGCAGAACAUCCAGUGUGGAGCAAACCGGAUGUGCUUCAACACCAGAGGAAGUUACCAGUGUAUCGACACUCCCUGUCCACCAAACUACCAGAGAGACCCAGCCACGGGGUUCUGCUUGAAGAGCUGCCCUCCAAAUGACCUUGAGUGUGCGCUGAGUCCUUACGCCCUGGAGUACAAGCUGCUGUCUCUUCCCUACGGCAUUGCAGCCAACCAGGAUCUCAUCCGGCUGGUAGCCUACAUGCAAGAUGGUGUGGUGCACCCCAGGACCACCUUCCUGCUGGUGGACGAGGACGUCAAGUUACCUUUUGCUCUUCGAGAUGAGAACAUGAAGGGGGUUUUGUUUACUACUCGGCCUCUACGAGAGCCCCUGACAUACCGCAUGAAGGUCCGAGCUCUCUCCUACAGCGAGAACAGAGGUAUUGAAUACCAGACAACCUUCACUGUUUACAUCGCAGUCUCUGCCUACCCUUACUGAGAGCACUUUAAUCGGUGAGAGACCAAGGUUCGGCUUGGAUUAGCCUCAGUGUGAACGAGUGGUUUUUGGACAAGUGGCCCCGUCAGUAUGAAGACAGAAAGGAUGAGCGUGUGAGAGGCCAGUGGAUGCACACACUCUGGAGGACUUACGGAAGUAUCAACGAAAAGGGAAAAUGAAAAGAAAUGCGGAUAAAUCUCUGGAAACCUCUGUCAGGUUAUUCUGUUUUAUAUUUCCUUGUUUCUUGUUUCAUCUUCCUUCAUAUUUAUUUGGGAAAUUAUUAAGAUUUAAUUCCACAAAACUCUAAUUUCUCCCAAUUCCUUAACAGGUAGAUUCCAAUCCUGCUCAGUUUUCACUGUGCAUUUACAUUCACCUGCUAUUAACUUAUUGGGAAGUGCUUGAAUGAAAAAUGAAAAACAGGCUGCUGACCUGUUGUCGGCCACCAAAGUGGAGACUUACAAAUAUGGUGCUCAUUUUGGAGAUUAAGAUCUGAAAUGUUCUCUGCAUCCUCUGGCUGGGACCUAUCAGGCCCUGAUGACAUCAUCAGUUAUCCAGCAAUAGUUUUAUACCAAGAUGUAUUUUAUUUUUAUGACUUGUAUAUAAGUGGUUUCUUACAUUACUUGUAAUUAAUUACUGUAUUCAUUUUGUAAUAAAAAUGUAAUAAAACCACAAAGAAAUCACA